AUGUACCAACCUAGGCCGGCAGCGGGAGUGGGGCGCCCGCGCCCCGCUGCGAGCAGCAGCAGCAGCAGCAGCAGCAGCGCGAUUUCAGCUGCUGCGCCCCAUAGAAGAAACUUCGCCGCACCCACUGGGGCACUGGCCCGGGGGCCCCCCGGGGUCGGCAGCACUGCAGCAGCUGUGGGGGGCCCCCCAGGGGGGCCCCCAGGGGCCCCCGGUACCUCUCCCAGCCGCCCCAAGACUUUAGAUGCGCUGCUGGGUUCUAUAAUGCUGCGGGAUGGCCCCGCGAGCCGCAGCGCGCCAGCAGCAGCACAAGCUGAGGGUUCUGCUGCUGCUGCGCUUCAGCAGCACAGCAGCAGCAGCGUGGGGGUCCCCGGGGGCCUCCUGGCGGGCCUGGGAGGCGGCAGUUCUCCAGUUGCUGCAGCAGCAAAAGUCGUUGCUGCUUCUGCUGCAGACAUCUCUGCAGCCAAGAGCAGCAGCCCGGCCACUGCGCCCACGCGCAAGCGCUGGGACUUGCCUGCUGCAACGGCUGCAGCAGACGACAGCAGCAGCAGCAGCAGCAAGAGCCCCGUCGCCGCUGCAGCAGCGCGCGGGCAGCAGCAGCAGCAGCAGCGGCGGCUGCCCCUUGCCAAGGGCUCCCCGCUGGGGCUGCAGGGCUCUGGGGGCGCCACCCCCAACAGUCUUGCUGCUGGUUUCUUUGCCCCUGCUUCAGCUCCCCCCAAAGAUGACACUCCUGCUGCUGCUGCUGCUGCUUCUCUCUUCACGAGGAACAUCUCGCAGCAGCAGCAGCACGACGCCCAGCAGCAGCGCCAGCAGCAGCAGCAGAAGCCGACUCUUUGGGGGCUCAAGCGCGUGGGGGCUGCUGCUGCGGGUGGUGGGGCAGCGCCUGCAGCAGCAGCAGCAGCAAGGGGAGACGACAGCAGCAAAGCUGCACUGGGGUCUGUCUUGGCAGAUGGGACUGCUGCUGCUGCUGCUGCUGCUGCUUCCCCGUCUAAGGGCAGGGAAGCAGCAGCAACGGCGCAGAGCGAGGAGCCGGGCGCAGCUGCAGCCCCGGCGCCAUCAUCAGCAGCAGCAACACCGGCAGCAGCAGCAGCGGAGCCGCCUGCUGCUGAGGCCAGGCAAGGCCCGGUCUACACGCUGCAGCAGCUGCUGGCAGUCCACCUGCUGCAGCGGGAAGCAGAUGCAGCAGACGUUAAGGCUGUGCGCUCGCUGCAGCGGCCGGACCACCCCACAGCAUUCUUUGCUGCUUCUCUCGAGUCGCUGAAGCAGCAGCAGCAGCAGCAGCAGCUGACGCAUGCAGCGCGACCUGAGGGCCUAACCCCUGGCAGCAGCGAGCGUCCCGCCGCCUACGCUCGAGGAGCGGAGCAGCAGCAGCAGCAGCAGCAGCAGCAGCAGCAGCAGCAAGGGGCCUGGAUGGCGCGGGGCCCCGGCGAGGAAGCAAUUCGCCGAGGGCCAGAAACAGAGGGCCUGAGCCCCGAAGUGCAUAGGAGGUUUCCAGCCACUGACAAGGCCCACGGCGAGCUCCCCGAAGCAACUGCGGGGGGCCCCCUGGGGGCCCCCCGAGGGUCUUCUCCGCUGCACCUGCGGGCUGGCGGGCCAGCGGGGAGCGAGGGCGAGGGGACUCUGCAGCAGCAGCAGCAGCAGCAACCGCGGUUGCCCUUUGCUCGCCGAAUGUUCGGGGAGUCCGCCGACCCGCAUGGCCCCCAGCAGCAGCAGCAGCAGCAGCAGCAGCAGCAGGGAGCCCCUGCGGCGCACGGCCUAGGGGGCGACAGCGGCCGCCGGCUGUGGGGCCAGGGGCUGCAGCAGCAGCAGCAGCAGCGCAGCGGGGAGGGGGAGUCUGCAGCGGCAGCUUCUUCUCGGAGCCACGACAUAACUGCACGAUCUCUUCGUGCAGAAAUGGGAUUCUUUGCUGCAGAAGCAGCAGAUAGAAGUACCCACGGCCCAGGGGGGGGCCCCCGGGGGCCCCCCACGUGGGCUGCUGCUGCAGGCGACCACGGGGACACAGAAGGCAGGCAGCAGCUGCACAUGCGGCACAGGGGGGAAGGGGAGUCCCUCUUUGAAGGAGCAGCAGCAGCAGCAGCAGCAGCAGCAGCACAGAACCCCACAACUCCAGCUCCGGGCUGUGGGGUUUGGGGGCGGACGGGAGUUGGUGCUGCUCGCAGCAGCAGGGCUGCUUCUUCGAGGCGCCACACAGCAGAGGAUGGCGCAGCAGCAGCAGCAGCAACUGCAGCAGCAGCAGCUACCUCUGGCGCCCUAAGGACUCAAAAGGCAGAUGAAUGCUCGUUUCAGAGGCUGGGCCUGCAACGACAGCAGCAGCAGCAGCAGCAGCAGCUGCACCAGGCGCAGCAUCCGGGUGAAGCACCAGCAGGAGAGGGGCUGGUUCGUUCUGGCUCGUCAGAAGUUCCAGGAGAUGCACUUAGAGACAGAGAGGCAGCAGCAACAGCAGCAGCAGCAGGCGGUGCUGAUUCCUCUGAUGCAGGAGAGAAGCUUGCUGCACUUCACAGCGCUCAGCAGCAGCAGCAGCAGCAGCAGCAGCCUCCAGAUGGUUUUAAAUGCGGUUUUGCUGCCCUCGCAGCCAUUUUAUCUUCGGCGCCUGACUCGAAGCAGCAGCAGCCUGACGGGGGAGAGACAGGGGAUGCUGCUGCUGCUGCUGCUACUGCUGCUGCUGCUGAGGGGUCUGCGGUUCCUUUGGAACGCCGCGGCGAGCCGUGGGCGCAGCCGGACUCCCGCCAAUUGCCUCUGCAGCACGCAGAGCAGCAACAGCGGCAGCAGCAGCAGCAGGCACAAGCAGACCCUUUCCUCCCACAACGUGAGCAGACAGAUUUGUCUCCUUCCGUUGCAGCGUUUUGGGCAGAAGAGCCCAUUAUAAAGCGUAAGCCUCGUCAACAGCAGCAGCAGCCGCAGCAGCAGCACCAGGAGCAGCAGCAGCAGCUGCUCCUGCAGCAGCAGCAGCAGCUGCUGCUGCAGCAACUAGGCGAGGGUUCAGCCCGUUCGUGGCCCAAUCUGGACACAGAUACGGACCAGCGUUCCUUUGCGAACGCGCAAGAGCAGCAGCAGCAGCAACAGCAGCAGCAGCAGCCGCAGCAGCAGCAGCGGGGCUCUUCUCUUCCUCCCUGCACCUUCUCCCGCGUUGAAUCUCUCUUGGAGAGAGGAGAACUGCCGGAGGAGAUUCAGCAGAUGCAGGGCCGGGCACUAGCAGCAACAGGAGCAGCAGCAGCAACAGCAGCAGCAGCAGCGCUAGGCCCGGUCUCCGCUUCAGCAGCAAGCAGCAGGGAAAGAGACUUGACAGAAGACGCAAAUAUGGCGUCGCUGCAGCGGCUCUUGAGCAGUGAAAUGACAGACAAAGACCUGCAUGCAUUAGCAGCACAAGUCCACUCCAUGCGCUCUAGCGGCCCGGCGCGUGCUGCUGCUGCUGCUGCUCUGUCGCACUUCAUGGCAGUUGGGAAAGGACAGCAGCAGCCGCAGCAGCUGGAGGAGUCCCAGCUGCCUCUCCACGGCACAGGAGGCUUAGCUGCUGCAGCGCAACAGCAGCAGCAGCAACGCCCAGAGAACCCUCCGGCAGAUGCAGGGCUGCAGGCAGCACAGACAGCAGUUGCUGCUGCUGCUGCUGCUGUUGGCGACGAUGCUGGCGCCUGGGAAAUGUGGAUGCGGCGCUCGGGGCUGCCGCUGCAUCACCAGCAGCAGCAGCAGCAACUGCGGGCUGCUGCUGCAGAUAUGGCCCAAAUGCCUUCUGUUCAGACGCAUGAACGGCAGACGCCACAGCAGCAGCAGCAAGUACAGCAGUUCUUCAUGCUGCAGCAGCAGCAUGCAGAGGCCAUGCACCGUCAACCUCUUGCAGGCGCCCCUGAAGAUCAGCAACAACCGCAGCAGCCGCAGCAGCAGCAGCAGCAGCAGCAGGGGAUUGUGAUGGGUCGUGCAGCGCAAAUGACAUCUACCCUGAAGAACCUCCUCGGAAUCGGGGGACCUCAUGGGCAGCACCAAGAGCCGCAGCAGCAGCUGAGACAAGUAGAUGAGCAGCAAAAGCCCCCAGCUGGCGCGUCUCCAGAAAAGCUGUCUGAGACGCAGCGGCAGCUGCAGCAAGCUCACCAGCAACUGCUGCAGCAGUCAAAGGAGCAGGAGCAAAAGCAGCAGCAGCAGCUAGAGAAGCAGCAACACCAAGCGGAACAGCAGCAACAAGCACCAGCCCCUGCUCCACCUAAAACCUGGGCAGCUGCUAUGGAGGAGUCAUGCCGGCAGGAAAGGCAAAGGAAACAACAGCAGGAAAAGCAGCAGCAGCAAGAAAGGCAGCAGCAGCAGCAGGAAAAACAGCAGCAAGAGAAGCAGCCGCCGCAAAAGCCAGCUGAGAGGGAGAAGCACCCGCAAGACAAAAGGAACCCGCAGCAGCAGCAGGAUAGACCACAGGAAAAGCAGCAGCAGCGCCAAACGAAGCAGCAGGAACAGCAGCAACGCCAGACGAAGCAGCAAGAGCAGCAACAACAAAAACAAGAGAAGCCGCAGCAGCUUCGUGAAAAGCAACAGAAGGCGCCCCAGGAGAAGGCCGCUUCGAGCGUCACCAAGCCAAAGGCUGUCAGUGCUGCUGCUGCUGGCGUUGCUGCAGCAGAGGCUGCAAAGGGUGGCUGGGAGGUAGCAGGUCACAAGGGCCAGCGAAAGAAGGAGCAACAGAAGCAACAGCAACAGCAACAGCAACAGCAGCCGCACCAGCAACAGCACCUGAUGCAGCAGCAGCAGCAACCGUUGCAAGAGGUUAAGCAGCCUGAGGUGGACCCCAGGGCCCCCAAACUGCAGCAGCAGCAGCAGAUAAGCAGGCGUGCUGCAGGAGAAGAUGCUUCAGGAGAGCAGCAGCGGAGGACUGGCCUGGGGGGCCCCGCUCCUUGGGUGGCAGUUACUGCAGCAGUUGCGAGUAGACCUGUAACUUUGAAGGAAGUGAUGGAGUUGCAAAGUGCAGAACAGUCCAGGGAAGCAGAGGAAAGGAGAAGAGAGGAAGAAGCAGCCUUAAAAGCGCAUCAGCAGCAGCAGGAAGCAUCUGCUGCUCGCCUUCGGUGGGCUACAAUGCAGCGGAAGGACAACAACGGCCAGGUUAUUGCGGGCUGGGGGAACCCUGCGUCCUUGGGGGCUCCAGGAACCCUGGGGGCCCCAGGGGCCCCUUCAGUGGGCUCUUCUGAAGAUUUUCCAGAUCUUCUUGAGGGCGCAACGAACACCUACACCAACAGCAGCGGCUCCGUGACGCCAGCUGUAGUGACGCCUGCUGCUGGUGCUGGUGCUGCAGCAGCAGCAGCAGCAGGUGCCGUGACUCCAUCUCCGGUGGGCGGCGGCGAGGGCGCCUCCGGAACAGCUCGUAGAAAUGCCCCCAGUACUAAAGGAAAGGUCAAGGGCAACACUCAGUCGCUCCAGGAUUUUAUUGCUGCUGCAUCUCACAGCAAGAAAGAGGGCAGCACCUUGCCUCUGGGCGCGACUGCGUGGGCGCAGGGGGCCCCCAAGGGCCUCGCUGCCUCAGUGCCGCCCUUGACCCCCAUUCAGCAGCAGCAGCAGCAGCAACAGCAACAGCAGCAACAACAGCGAGCUGCGGUUCCUGCACCUGUUAAGAGGGACGGAGAGGCAGCGACGAAGGCUCCGGCGGUUUCCUCUUCAGGCACGAGGCGAUCUGCUGGCGAAGAGCUACCUGCCGUGACUACCGGAGCUGCAGCCGACAGUGGAUCUCCAAAACGUGCUGCGGCACAGCUACAAGAGUGGAAGUCGCUGUUGACGGAGUGCGAGCUGCCGUUGGAAGUUCCAAUACUGGAGUAUCUUGCGAGUAUGAAUAACCCACUGGAUGUGGAGGAAUUUCUUCUAGAGAGCUUCCCCAACAACAAGAAUCUACGUCUUUUUGCGGAGAACUUUGUGAUGACGAACGACAAAUACCUAAAGAAGCCCCAAAGUGAAAAGGGGGGCGUUCAUGCAACAACCUGGGAGGCGAGCCAUGGAAAAGGAAGAUCACGGAAGAAAAAGCCUCAAGGCCGUCCGGUAGACCCGUCCUUAUUGGGCUUCUCAGUGAAAAACAGUCGCUUCGGUUCUGGCCUUGAGGGGGCCGACUGA